AUGGAGGAGCUCUACAAGGUGGGCCAGAAGGUGGCGCAGGAGGGCAUCGAUCCCUCGCUGGGGUCCAUGGGCGGUGCCGGAGCCUUCGACCCGGAGAAGCUGGCGCAGCUCUUGGGCGGGAAUGCCAACAUGGAGGAGUACCUCCAGAGCUAUGAGAAGAUGCUGCAAGAAGGCAUUGCUCCGGAGCUUGGCGCUCCGCUUGAUGAGGUGGAUGCUGAGGGUGGCAUCACCACGCGGCCGGAGCCCGGCUUUGUGGUAAAGACCAAAGACCUGGAAGCGGGCACCAAGAUUUUCGUGAACAUUGUGACCAGCCCACACAUCGAGGCGCCCCACAUGAAGAGCUACACGGAGCUCGAGGGCGAGCAGGGCUGCAGGGUGCCGCUCUCCAUCGGCACGGCGGUGGAGGACUUCGACAAGAAGGGUGAGCCGUGCGUGAGCUACGACGUGGUGGCCAACCCGCAGGUGGUCGAGGAAUGCUCCACGGACUCAGCUUUCAGAGAACAGGUUGUGCAGCUCUGCAUGGCAGCGGUGUCGCAGAAGUACAAGAUGCAGCACGGAGCCAAGUGA